ACUACGCAGGGUUUAUGUAAAGCCUAAGUGGGCGGGCGCUAAAAUGAAAACAGAGCAAAUGAUUGGCUACAUGUCCAGAGUGCAGCGCUCUUGAUUGGUUACGAGCUCACUGUGGCGUCAAUGUUUUGAAUGGAAGUCCCGCCCAUCGCUGCGCUUCCUCAAAGUGGUCUCGUAACACCGGCUACAUUCAUGAAGCAGUGGACGCUUUGGCUAAAACGAAAGGUUUCUUCGGUUGCCAUGGCUGUGUAGUUUUGUGCUAUCCAUCAUGGCCAUUGGAACACAGCUCUACCUGCUGCUGUGGAAAAACUUCACAUACCGCAGGAGAAACAAGGUGCAAUUGAUUAUUGAACUCCUGUGGCCGCUCUUCCUCUUCCUCAUCCUCAUUGCUGUCCGGCAGUCUCACCCACCGUAUAAACAGAGCCAGUGUCAUUUUCCCAACAAGGCCCUUCCUUCAGCAGGCACGCUGGCAUGGUUUCAGGGCAUCAUCUGCAAUGUCAACAAUCCCUGUUUUCAUCACCCCACGGCAGGAGAGACACCCGGGCGAGUGAGCAACUUUGAAAACUCCAUACUAUCUCGGCUUUUCGUGGAUAUCAGAACUGUCCUGACAAUCAGUGGUAACCGGACAGUACUCUCCAACUUACAGGACCUGUCACAGACAAUCCAGAGACUCGGAGAAAGACCAGAAGCUUGGCCGAAUCUACCUGUAAGAGAGUAUCUCAGAGCCAAUGAAAGCUUCUCCUCCUUCCUGCGGACAAACACCAGCAUCCCUUCAGCAUCUGUUGAUCAAUUACUGCGGGCACGAUUGAACCUUCAAGUGGUUGCAUUAGCAGGUGGAGGCAUGCGUCUGUCAGACAUCGUCUGUAAUGCUUCUCUCUUGGGUCGGUACCUCACUGUUGACAAAAGAGAUUCUUUCCCUGACCUGCAAAGGGUGCUGUGUGCUGUGCCUUCAAAUAUUAUGCAGAAGGCCGAGCAGAUCUUCCUCUCACAGCUGGACGUCAGCAAGAUCCUCACGAGAGACAGACUGCAGGCAAAUGCGGCUGAUCUCCGUCUCAUCAGUCGGGUUGUUUCCUCUGUGUCUCGGGAACUAGCAUCAGUUAUGGAUGACAUCUCUUCUCUGUCCAGUUUCUCAGAGCUGAACUCAGAGAUGAGGCUACUGACACCUGAAAACCGCUCCGCACUGCCACGCGAGAGCUUUCGUGCCUUCUCCAGAAUCAUGUGUGGACACCCAGAGGCAGGGGGAGAGAGAAUCCCUUCAUUCAACUGGUAUGAAGAUCAGGACAUCAAAUCUUUCCUGGGCAGAAAUGCAUCAGAGGCGACAGACCUUGAAAACGACAACAGCACCACUCCGUUCUGUGAAAACCUGAUUGGAAGUCUGGAGUCGAACCCUCUCUCACGGAUUGUGUGGCGAAGCAUCAAACCACUGUUCGUUGGAAAGCUGCUCUACACACCAGACACUCCAGUCACCCGUUCGGUCAUGUCAGAGGUAAACAGAACUUUUCAGGACUUCCAGAUUCUGAAUGACAUGCAGGAGGCGUGGCAGGAAGUGGGUCCCAGAAUCAAAACCUUCAUGGAGAGCAGUUUAGAAAUUCGGCUCCUGCAGGAUCUUCUGAGAAGGCCUGAGGUGGCAGUAGUUGUGAAUCUACAACUUGAGAACACUUUGUGGACGGCCUCUCGCAUUUCCCGUUUCCUCUCAACGCCUGACCCAGAUACACCUCGCAGAGAUGGCGCUCCACCCACCUGGCUGGAUCUGUACCAGGAUUUAAACAACACCUUCCACACUCUCUCAGAACUCACUAAGUGCUUCUCUCUGAAUAAAAUGGAGGGUCUGGCCACGGAGGGUGAGAUGGUCGAACGAGCCCUGGAGCUGCUGGAAGAUCGUCAGUUUUGGGCCGGAAUCGUCUUCCUCCUUCCAGAGCCUUCAUCGUCCUCUCUGCCGUCUCAUGUCAAAUACAAGAUCCGCAUGGACAUAGAUGAUGUAACCCGCACGAACAAGAUCAAAGACAAAUUUUGGGAUCCAGGCCCGGCUGCUGAACCGUUCAGUGACCUCCGCUAUGUGUGGGGUGGUUUUAUUUAUGUACAGGAUUUAGUUGAGAGAGCUGUGACACGUUUGCUCACCGGUAAAGAGGCGAAAAUGGGCAUAUAUGUGCAGCAGAUGCCCUACCCCUGCUUUGUUGAUGACGUGUUUAUACGCGUCCUGAAUCGUUCUCUGCCUCUGUUUAUGACUCUGGCGUGGAUCUAUUCAGUGGCUAUGAUCAUAAAGGGCGUGGUCUUUGAGAAAGAGGCUCGUCUGAAGGAGACGAUGCGUAUCAUGGGUCUGAGCUCUGGGAUGUUGUGGCUCAGCUGGUUCAUCAGCAGUUACCUGCCCUUCCUGUUCAGUGCUGGACUGCUUAUCGCCGCCCUUAAGUGGGGCGAUAUCUUACCCUACAGUGACCCUGCUGUUGUGUUCUUCUUCCUGGCUGCAUUUGCUACAGCCACCAUCAUGCUUUGCUUCCUCAUCAGCACGUUCUUCUCGCGAGCUAACCUGGCUGCAGCAUGUGGAGGACUCAUUUACUUCACUCUGUACCUGCCGUAUGUGCUGUGUGUGGCCUGGAGGGAACAUCUGACCAGCACACACAGGAUCUUAGCGAGCUUCCUGUCUCCAGUAGCCUUUGGUUUUGGCUGUGAGUAUUUCUCGCAGUAUGAAGAACAAGGUGUGGGGAUCCAGUGGUUCAACUUGAGAUCCAGCCCUUUGGAGGGAGACAGCUACAACUUCACCGUCUCCAUUGUGAUGCUGUACGCAGAUGCCGUCAUCUAUGCACUGGCCACUUGGUACAUUGAAGCUGUUUUUCCAGGGCAGUAUGGGGUCCCCAGACCGUGGUAUUUUAUCUUCCAGCUGAAUUACUGGGGUGGGGUACCUUUAGAAGUGGGGUUACCUGUUCCUCCUGCUCCGAGAGAUGAACCCGAUGAUCGGAUUGAAGCUGAGCCGACAAACCUAAUUCUGGGAGUUUCCAUAAGAAACUUAGUGAAGAUUUAUAAAAAAGGGGCCAAGCUUGCUGUCAAUCACCUGAACAUAAAGUUCUAUGAGGGACAAAUAACAUCCUUUCUGGGUCAUAAUGGAGCUGGCAAGACGACCACUAUGUCCAUUCUAACAGGACUGUUUCCUCCCACUGCUGGUACGAUAUACGUGAAGGGAAUGGACAUUCGCACAGAUAUGGACAUGAUCCGCAGGACUCUGGGAGUUUGUCCCCAGCACAACGUCCUUUUUGACAUUCUGACGGUGGAGGAGCAUGUGUGGUUCUAUGGUCGAAUGAAGGGCAUGAGUCUGAAGGAAGUGAAGAAGGAGAUGGAUUCACUUCUGGAGGAUGUGGGCUUACAGCACAAACGACACGAGCAGACCAAAAACCUUUCAGGUGGCAUGCAAAGGAAACUGUCAGUUGCGAUCGCUUUCAUAGGCGGGUCAAAGGUUGUGGUCUUGGAUGAGCCCACAGCUGGUGUGGACCCUUACUCCCGCCGUGGGAUCUGGGACCUUCUGCUCAAGUACCGUCAAGGCCGCACCAUCAUUCUGUCCACACAUUACAUGGAUGAGGCUGACCUCCUCGGUGACCGCAUUGCAAUCAUUUCCCAGGGGAAGCUGUGCUGCUGUGGAACGCCGCUCUUCCUCAAGGCUCAUCUUGGUACUGGAUACUACCUUACGCUGGUCAAGAGAGAGAUGCAUAGUAUGCCCAGCAGCGCCAGCACUGGCAAACUCCCUUUAACUGCAGCUACCAAGGACAGCGAUUCCUCAGUAAGUGAUGACACAGGACUGGGCAGUGAAGAGAAUGGAUUUGAUGUUGCCGCCCUUAUGGCUCUUGCACAGCAGUACAUCCCUGAAACUCAGCUGGUGGAGGACAUUGGCAGAGAGGCGGUCAUCAACUUGCCCCAUGCAGCCUCAGAGGACGGCAGUCUCGCCCUCUUUUUGAAGGAACUGAACAAGCGGCAGGGCGAGUUUGGUGUGGUCAGUUAUGGACUGUCAGACACCACGUUAGAAGAGAUCUUUUUGCGUGUGGCUGAGGAGACGGGUGUAGAUGCAGACCCUGAGGAGCCAGCAGCGUCUCCAGUCCACCAGGGGGCGCCGUCUGUGGAUAGAGACACAGGACGAAAACAGCCAAUCAGGAGAGAGGCCCGGGAGACAGAACCGCUGAGUGGGGACGGUCAGGGGGGCAAUGCUCCUCUAACAGGCUGCUUCCUCACAUGUCAGCAGCUUCGAGCGCUUUUCACCAAAAGACUGAAGUAUGCCCUUCGCAGUCGCAGAGGCAUUCUUGCUCAGAUUGUUCUUCCUGCGGUGUUUGUCCUUAUCGCUCUGCUCUUCAGUCUCAUUGUCCCACCCUUUGGGAAAUAUCCACCCCUGGAGCUCCAGCCAUGGAUGUACGGAGAGCAGUUCACCUUCUUCAGCAAUGAUGCCCCACAGAAUCCAGCCAUACAGAACCUCCUGGACGCCCUGCUGAACCCACCUGGGUUUGGGACCAGAUGUAUGGAGCCGAGCGGAGACACUGAGUGUUCAGAGGAAGGUGAAAUAAAGUUUGUCCGGCCCCAGAUUCCCUUCAGCAUGUGGCAACUCUUUCAAAAAGGCAACUGGACUGUAGAGAAGCCGUCCCCUGACUGCGAGUGCAGCACCGAGGAUAUCCGCAGGAUGCUGCCGGACUGUCCGGAGGGGGCAGGGGGAAUCCCCCCUCCUCAGAUGAAAUCAAUGACAGGUGAUUUCCUGCAAAAUCUGACUGGUCGCAACAUUUCUGACUACCUCAUCAAAACAUAUCCCCAGAUUCUGAAGAAAAGUUUGAAGACGAAAAAAUGGGUAAAUGAAUUUAGAUAUGGAGGUUUCUCUCUCGGAGCAAAAAGCUCUCAAGCUGUGGAUGAGCCACAUUACCUGGAGGAGUCUGUUUUGGCUAUCAGGAGACGCUACAACAUUAUAGAGAAUGGCUCUUUAGAUCAGCUCCUUCACAGACUACCAGAUGUCCUUGCGGGACUCACCAGCCAAAAUAACGUGAAGGUCUGGUUUAAUAAUAAAGGAUGGCAUGCCAUGGCAUCAUUCGUGAAUAUCAUGAACAAUGGUCUCCUUCGUGCCAACCUGCCACCUGACAUGGAAAGACGUAAAUAUGGAAUGACAGCCUACAAUCACCCGCUCAACCUCACCAAGGAGCAGCUGACAGAGAUGGCCCUGAUGACCACCUCAGUGGACGUUCUGGUGUCCAUUUGUGUUAUUUUCGCCAUGUCAUUUGUUCCUGCCAGCUUCGUCCUGUUCCUUAUUGAGGAACGGGUGAGUAAAUCAAAACACCUCCAGUUUGUCAGCGGAGUGAAGCCCAUCCUGUACUGGACCACCAACUACGUAUGGGACAUGCUGAACUAUACUGUACCAGCCACUAUGGUGGUCUUCAUCUUCAUCAGCUUCCAGCAGGAGUCAUAUGUAUCUGAGAAGAAUCUGCCUGCACUGGUGCUCUUACUCUUGCUGUAUGGCUGGUCUAUCACUCCACUCAUGUACCCAGCCUCCUUCAUCUUCUCCGUCCCUAGCACUGCCUACGUGGUCCUCACCUCCAUCAACCUCUUUAUCGGCAUCAAUGGAAGCGUUGCCACCUUUGUCCUGGAGCUCUUUAUUGACGAGCAUUUGAACGAGGUUAACAGGAUCCUGAAGAAGGUCUUUCUGAUCUUCCCUCACUUCUGUCUGGGCCGAGGUCUCAUUGACAUGGCCAAGAACCAAGCCAUGGCAGAUGCGUUUCAGCGACUGGGAACCAAACAGAAUCUGGAUCCUUUAUCCUGGGAUUUUGUCGGGAAGAACCUGUUUGCAAUGGCGAUGGAAGGAAUUGUGUUUUUCAUCUUCACUGUUCUCCUGCAGUAUAAAUUCUUUGUUAAUUUGAGCCGAUGGUCUGGCUUUGUGCUGCCCCCCCUGGGCACGGAGGAUGAGGAUGUGGCGAGAGAGCGAGAUCGUGUCAAGAGUGGUAGAGCUGUGGGAGACGUUCUCAUCCUCAAAGACCUUAGCAAGGUAUACCAGGCAGGCAGGAAGCCAGCAGUGAACCGGCUUUGCUUGGGCAUUCCUCGGGGAGAGUGUUUUGGGCUUCUUGGUGUUAACGGGGCUGGGAAAACCUCAACCUUUCGCAUGCUAACAGGAGACACCCACAUCACUUACGGAGAAGCAUUUCUUAGCAACCACAGCGUUCUUACAGAAAUGCAGAAGGUUCAUCAGCUGAUGGGCUACUGUCCCCAGUUUGAUGCCAUCAGUGACCUGCUGACGGGACGAGAGCACCUAGAGUUCUACGCACGCCUCAGAGGAGUGCCUGAGGCUCAUGUUGCAAAGGUGGCACAGUUGGGAGUGCAGAAGCUUGGUCUGAGUCAGUAUGCUGAGCGAGAGGCUGGGGGCUACAGCGGAGGAAACAAGCGCAAACUGUCCACCGCCAUUUCCCUCAUUGGAGCUGCGCCUGUCAUCUUCCUGGAUGAGCCAACAACUGGGAUGGACCCAAAGGCCAAGCGCUUCCUCUGGAACUGCAUCCUAAAUGUGAUCAAAGAGGGACGAUCCGUCGUUCUCACCUCCCACAGUAUGGAAGAGUGUGAGGCUCUGUGCACCCGAAUGGCCAUCAUGGUGAACGGCAGGUUCCAGUGUCUGGGUUCAGUUCAGCACCUGAAGAACAGGUUCGGAGACGGUUACACAAUAAUCCUCCGUUUGUCCAGCCCAUCUACAGAACCAUGUCCGGUGGACGCCUUCAUCCAGAGCUCCUUCCCGGGCAUCCAGCUGAAGGAGAGACACCAGAAUGUUCUCCAGUACCAGCUGCCAUCACAAGCCUGUUCACUCGCUUGUGUCUUUGAGCUUCUGUCGAAUAAUUAUGAGGAGCUGGGGAUAGUUGACUACUCGGUGUCACAGACUACGCUGGAUCAAGUGUUUGUUAACUUUGCUAAAGAGCAGACAGAUGAUGAAGAGCUCAGGGAAGUCAUGAUAAAUGGUGGAGGAUCCGUGGCGAAUCAAGCCAACAGACCUCAACGGCCCACAGACCUCAAACUCAAGAUUUCCAGCAGAUCUUCCACACCACACUCUUUAACAACGCCCUCUACAGAUCAAGCAACUCGCUCAGUACAAACCCCUGAGUCUGCAUUCACUGGUUCAAAGACCAAAAGGAGCAAAUCAAACAGUCCAUCGGUCUCAGGACAGCAGCAGCAGAUCCGGAUGGAACCUGUUGGUGAGGCAGCUAAUGGAUCAAACCCCCUCGAGGACCAGACUCCUGGGAAAAAAGACCCAUCCACGUUGUUUAUUGUCGGAAGCAAAACACAGGAAAGCAAAGUGUAA